AAUUGCCCCAUACGUUUCCCCUUUCUUUAAUUAGGAAUUAGCACAAGGAAAAGUUUUAAAAGCUUGUUCUAAAGAGAGAGAUCACAAAAUCUCAAUCACUUGAUCGUUUUUUAAAAGCGAAUUCCACCAUCAGCAACAAGUGACUCUGAUUCGAAUCGUUGAAUUGUUGGUAACUCGAUUACAUUUUCAGUUUCUUUUUUUUUUUUUUGUGGUUGCUUAGUUAGUUGCUGCUCUGUCUGAAAAUGAAGUCUUCCGGAAGCUGGACAGAAAAAUGGGUGCGAAAUCUCGUUAUUCAGUUUCUCAAUGACUUCAUUGCCACAGGCUCUUUAAUUUUAUUAGAAGAAGAUGGUACAAGCCUCACCUUUGGAGGUACUGAUCCGGAGAAAUGUUCCUUGGAAGUUUCAGUCAAAGUUCACAAUCCUCAGUUUUACUGGAAGGUUGCGACCGAAGCCGAUUUAGGAUUUGCGGAUGCCUACAUUGACAGAGACAUUUCCUUUGUUGACCAGAAUGAAGGUCUGCUUAAUCUUUUCUUGAUUUUGAUUUCCAGUAGAGAUGUGAAAGCUCCUUCUGAAAGUUCUACCAAAAGGGGGUGGUGGACACCAUUAUUGAUGUCAGCGGGAUUAGCAUCUGCUAGGUACUUCUUUAAGCAUGUUUUGAGGAAAAAUAGUCUUACUCAGGCUCGUCGAAACAUAUCUCAACAUUAUGAUUUGAGUAAUGAACUAUUUUCUCUGUUUCUGGAUGAAACAAUGUCAUAUUCAUCUGGAAUAUUUAAGUUUGAGGAUGAGGAAUUGAAAACUGCUCAGUUGAGAAAGAUUUCUUCUCUUAUAGAAAAGGCCAAAAUAAAAAAGGAGCACCAUGUACUUGAUAUUGGAUGUGGUUGGGGAACUUUAGCUAUUGAAGCAGUGAAAAGAACCGGGUGCCAAUACACCGGAAUCACCUUAUCUGAAAAGCAACUAAUAUACGCCGAGAACAAAGUGAAAGAAGCCGGUUUACAGGAACACAUAAAGUUUCUCCUCUGUGAUUAUCGUCAAUUGCCGGAUACCAUAAAAUAUGAUAGAAUCAUAUCAUGUGAGAUGCUGGAACAUGUUGGUCAUGAAUUCUACGAAAAGUUUUUCAGUUGUUGCGAAUCGGCAUUGGCGGAUAAUGGGGUUUUUGUCCUACAGUUCAUAUCGAUUCCGGAUCAAAGGUAUGAAGAGUAUAGACAGUCCCCAGAUUUCAUCAGAGAAUACAUAUUUCCAGGUGGUUGUUUGCCUUCACUAACCCGAGUCAUGACAGCCAUGAAUGCUGCAUCGAAGCUCUGUGUUGAAAAUGUCGAAAACAUAGGAUUUCAUUACUAUCCUACCCUGAGAUAUUGGAGGGAAAACUUCAUCCGAAACAAAAGUGAAAUCCUUGAUUUAGGGUUUGACGAGAAAUUCAUUCGGACAUGGGAAUACUACUUUGACUACUGCGCGGCUGGAUUUAAGACAUGUACAUUAGGGGAUUAUCAGGUGCAGGUUCAAUGUUUUCCGCAAAUACAACUCCGUGACAAAGCUUUGUUGUGUCCACUAAGACAUUUCAGUUGAAUCUCUUUGAUUUGCAGGUUGUUUUUUCUCGGCCUGGCAAUGUUUCAUCCUUCGGUACUGUAGGGAACAAAUCAUCACCCAAUUGAUUAUUCCAGUGUGUUUAAAAAGCCAUUGUAGUUUUUUAUGGACAUAAUUACUUGACUAUUUGAUGGAUCACCGCCAAUGUGUGUUUUUGUGGGAUCUCUUUGAUUUUUUUUUUUUUUUAUGGACCUGCAAUCUAAAAAUUUUGAAAUCGGUCUCAAAAUUGUUAUCCUGCUUACGUUUUCAAUUUUUGUACAAAUUGUACAAAAUUGUGAGAGAACUUCUAUAUAGAAAUUUAAUAAGAUUCUUCGCAAUCUUGAU